AUUUCGAUUUCAGACUCAGUUCGAUUUCAUUUGAUCUGCACUGCGGUUGUGUUUAUAGAGAUAUAUCCCCGGCACCAUGAAGGCCUGGAUCUGGUUUACGUUUGUCGCGUGUCUCUUUGCGGCGAGCACAGAAGCCGCCUCCAAUUUAGUCUGCUACUACGACUCUUCAAGUUACACGAGAGAAGGCCUGGGCAAGCUGCUCAAUCCCGAUCUGGAGAUUGGUGCACAGUUUUGCACCCACUUGAUAUACGGCUAUGCGGGACUUCGGGGUGAAAACCUCCAGGCGUACAGUCUGAACGAGAAUCUGGACAUCUACAAGCAUCAGUUCUCCGAAGUGACCAGCUUAAAGGUCAAGUAUCCCCAUCUGAAGGUUCUGCUGAGUGUGGGCGGUGAUCGCGACAUCGAUGUGGACCAUCCCAACAAAUAUAUCGAUCUGCUGGAGGGCGAGAAAGUGCGUCAAGUUGGAUUUAUCCGAUCGGCCUUUGACUUGGUGAAGACCUACAAUUUCGAUGGCUUGGAUCUGGCCUAUCAGUUCCCCAGAAAUAAACCCAGAAAGGUUCACGGUGAAUUGGGAUCGGCUUGGAAGAGCAUCAAGAAAAUUUUCACUGGAGAUUUUGUUGUGGACCCGCAAUCGGCUCUUCAUAAGGAGCAGUUCACCGCUUUUAUACGUGAUGUCAAGGACUCCCUAAGGCCUGAUGGAUUACUGCUCAGUCUCACUGUUCUGCCCAAUGUGAACUCUACUUGGUACUUUGACAUUCCCGCCCUGAAUGGCUUGGUGGACUUUGUAAAUCUGGCUACCUUUGAUUUCCUGACUCCCGCUCGUAAUCCCGAUGAGGCGGAUUACAGUGCUAACAUCUACCAUCCCGAAGGAUCGAAGGAUCGCUUGGUCCAUCUCAACGCUGAUUUCCAAGUGGAUUACUGGGUGAAGCAGGGAUUCCCAUCAAACAAGCUCAAUCUGGGAGUGGCUACUUAUGGAAAUGCCUGGAAAAUGACCAAGGAUUCGGGACUUGAUGGAGUACCGGUGGUGCCCGAGACCAAUGGACCGGCUCCCGAGGGUGUGCAAUCCCAGAAGCCUGGGCUUCUGAGUUUUGCCGAGAUCUGCGGAAAGUUGAGCAAUCCCCAAAAUCAAUUCCUUAAGGGCAACGAUUCGCCACUGCGCAGGAUUAAUGAUCCCACCAAGAGAUACGGUGGCAUCGCUUAUCGCCCUGUAGAUGGUCCAAUUACCGAAGGUUAUUGGGUGAGCUACGAUGAUCCCGAUUCAGCAUCCAAUAAGGCGGCCUACGCCCGUGCCAAGAACCUUGGGGGCGUGGCCCUGUUCGAUUUGAGCUACGAUGAUUUCCGGGGACAGUGCAAUGGUGAAAAGUAUCCCAUCUUGCGGGCCAUCAAAUAUCGCCUUUUUCAAGUGAAUGCCGCUCCUAAUCUGGUUUGUUUCUAUGACUCGCAGGGCUUCCAGCGCCAGGGCCUGGCUCAGUUUUCGAUGACAGAUAUGGAGCUGUCGCUGCAAUGGUGCACUCAUUUGAUCUAUGGCUAUGCGGGUGUAAAUGCCGACAACUUCGAAAUGCAGAGUAUAAACAAGCGAUUGGACCUGGAGCAACGUCAUCUGGCUCAGGUCACCAGUUUGAAGGAUCGCUAUCCCCACAUCAAGUUCUUUUUGAGUGUGGGUGGUGAUGCAGAUCUGAAUGAUGGAAAUCAGUAUAUAAAACUCUUGGAAUCGGGACAACAGGGUCACAAGCGCUUUAUCGAAUCCGCUCGCGAUAUAGUGAGGCGUUAUAAUUUCGAUGGACUGGACUUGGCCCUCCAGCUGCCACGGAAUAAGCCACGCAAAGUUCACGGUGAUGUUGGUUCUGCCUGGAAGAGUUUCAAGAAGUUCUUCACUGGCGAUUUUAUUGUGGACACUGAAUCGGAGACUCACAAAGGACAGCUGACUUCUUUAAUCAAGGACUUGAAUGCCGCCUUGAAACAAAACGAUCUUUUGCUGAGUCUCACCGUUCUGCCAAAUGUUAACUCAAGCUGGUACUACGAUGCCCCCUCGAUUGCGCCCAGCUUGGACCUGAUCAAUCUGGGAACCUUUGACUUCCUGACCCCGCAACGUAAUCCCGAGGAAGCGGACUUUUCGGCACCACUGUACGAGGCCAUCGGACAGAAUCGCUUGGGCCACUACAACGUUAACUUCCAAUUGGAACACUGGCUGCUCCAGAGAGUGCCUGCUAAUAAGCUGCACAUUGGCAUUGCCACCUAUGGCAAGUCCUGGAAGAUGACCAAGGAUUCGGGAGACUCUGGAAUGCCAGUGGUAACAGCUACCCAAGGAGCCGCCCCGGCCGGACCUCAGAGCAAAAAGGAGGGCCUUCUUAACUGGGCUGAGAUUUGUCAGCUGAUGCCGAAUCCCAGUAACCUAAAUGCCAGAGGACCCAGUGCUCCGGUUAAAAGGGUUCUGGAUCCCACCAAGCGCUAUGGCAGCUACGCCUUCCGUGCCGCCGAUGAGAAUGGUGACCACGGAUUGUGGAUCAGUUACGACGAUCCGGACUCGGCAUCCAGCAAAGCCCAGUAUGCCAGGGUCAGGAAUCUGGGAGGAGUGGCCCUCUUCGAUCUAACUCAAGACGAUUUCCGUGGCCAGUGCACCAACGAUCGUUUCCCCAUGCUGCGUGCCAUCAAGUUCCGACUUCUCUAAACCGUAUCCCCCGGACCGUAAAGACAUCAGCAGCACGCAAAUGUCACAAGGCAAAAUUGAGGAAGUGGAGCUGGGAGGGAACAAAUGUCACCCGAUCGGUGGCUUAAGGCCUCCUUCUGUGUCUGUCCCUUUUUGCAAAUUAAUUACAAAGUUGUAAACUAAAA